AUGGCAGCCUCCAGCGCAAUUCUCGUGCAUAUUGACGAAGAUGUCGGCAAAGACGACCAGACCGCAACUGGAGGAGAGUCCGCCCCUUACAAGACUCUCGUUCAUGCUUUUCUCCAACAGCCCCCUUCCACACCAGAUAUUCAAUAUCUGACGCGCAAAUCAGUGACCGGACCCGUCAGCGAAGGUGAAGAUCCGUCCGUGCGAUUAGAAUGGAAGGCAGCAACCAAAUCUGCGCUGAAAAAGGCCACCAACCUGUACGAACAGCGCAAAAAGAAAGCUGCAAAGGAGCAGGAGCUGGUAAUUCGCGAGAAGGAAGAGGCAGAGAAGCGGAGAUUAGUUCUAGAGGAGGCUAAGAAGGUCAUCAUCAAGGAAGAUGAGUCGCUACCCAAGCCACUCAAGAUACGAUUGAACGAAAAGGAUCCGGAAAAAAUCAAGCUACGACCUAGCGACGGCGACACUCCUGGGACCCGCGUUAGAGUAGUGGGACGAGUGCAUCACCUGCGAUCGCAGAAGGAUAUGAUAUUUGUGACGCUCUCUGAUGGAUAUGGACUACUACAAUGUAUUUUCACGGGCGAUCUCGUCAAGACAUACGACAUGAUGACUCUGACGCUGGAAACAUCGAUUGCAAUCCAUGGAGAAAUGCGUGCAGUACCGCCCAUGAACCAUGCGUAUGAUGAUCGCGAACUUCAUGCAGAUUUCUUCACAAUAAUUGGGCGUGCUGCUGGUGAUAAAGAGGCUAUCACGACCCGCGUCGCUCGGGACUCUGAUCCCCAUACUCUCUAUGACAACAGACACCUUGUGCUUCGAGGGGAGACCUCUUCCUCCGUCAUGAAGGUUCGCGCAGCGACUCUACGAGCCUUUCGGAAGGCGUUUGAGGAAAAGGGGAUGCUAGAAGUGACGCCGCCGGCUAUGGUCCAAACCCAAGUUGAGGGAGGGAGCACCUUGUUUGAAUUUGACUACUAUGGCGAAAAGGCCUACCUGACUCAAUCCUCUCAGUUGUACCUUGAAACAUGUCUCCCUUCCCUUGGCGAUGUAUUCUGCGUUUGCCCAUCUUUCCGUGCUGAGAAGUCUCUGACUCGUCGCCAUUUAUCGGAAUAUACCCACGUUGAAGCCGAGCUCGACUUUAUCAGUUUCACGGACCUUCUUGACCAUCUUGAGGAUAUGAUCUGCCGCGUGAUUGACUUGGUUCUUUCAGAACCGUUGAUCGCUCAAUAUGUAAAGAAUCUCAACCCAACCUUCACACUCCCACCCCGCCCAUUCAAACGAAUGAAGUACGCCGAAGCAAUUGAAUGGCUGGUGGAACACAACAUCCCUAACGAGGAAGGCCAACCACAUCGAUUUGGUGACGAUAUCGCUGAAGCAGCGGAGCGGAAAAUGACAGACAUGCUCAGCAGGCCUAUCUUCCUCACUCAUUUCCCGACGGAAAUCAAGGCGUUCUACAUGAAGAAAGACCCUGACGAUCCUCGCGUCACGGAGAGUGUGGAUGUGCUCAUGCCGGGCGUUGGCGAGAUUGUGGGAGGUAGUAUGAGAAUGGAUGACUGGGAUGAGCUAAUGGCGGCGUAUAAACGAGAGGGAAUGGACCCGUCGCCGUAUUAUUGGUACACUGAUCAGCGGAAAUACGGCACUUCCCCUCAUGGUGGUUACGGCCUUGGCCUGGAGAGAUUCCUAGCAUGGAUGUGUGGGCGCUACACUGUUCGCGAAUGUUGUCUUUACCCACGCUUCACAGGACGGUGUACGCCAUAA